AUGCCUUCGGAUAUCCAUGUAGUUGUCCGCUUCCAAGACCAAUCUGUAUUUGCAGGUGAACAGCUUCGAUGCACAAUCACCUUCAAGAAUGUCGCCAAUUUACCAGAACCCGUCAGUCCCGGGUAUUCGAGGCGGCGCAGCAGCAGGAGGCAAAGUAUAAGCCAGCUUGCAGCUCAGUCGACGAGAAAUCAUUGCCUUCAGAGACUCAGUCAAAAUGGCCACCAGAAUGACUCUGCUGCCGAGCCACAUGGUCGAUAUCGAGCUACUGCGUCAUUACAGACCACGGUGCCAGUAACAGACUCCCUGGACCCCACUGGACGCCCUGCUCCCAAGCAAAGAUCGGUAUCAAUCAUAUCAGUGAACUCUCCGAUACCGACGGGCGACCAGGUCAAUGCGACUAGCGGCAGCUGGGCAACGCAACAGAGACUGAGCCAUCAACGAUCCUCAACGGUACAAAGUAUCUAUGACUCUCGACAAACAACCCACCUCAGCCCAAUAUCACCUGGUGGCUCGCCUCAUCCAUCAAGAAAGGGCCGACGUAAUGGCGGCGCAAAUGGUAGUCGUGAAUCAACACCCGAUUUCAGCUUUCCCCCGCCAGCCGGAAACCAUUCUUCGGACCCAACUACAGGCGAGGCUUCGCUCGGACAACGGCUUCAAGAGCCCGCAAUCCGAGUCACAUCCAGAACAAACCAGGUGGCUAGUGAACGAAGUAGUGGCGACUUCUACUCACUCAGCAAUCACUCACAGGAAACUCUUAUGUCUGAGCAACAGUCUGUCAUGUCCGAUCACAGGCCAACACCAACCUUCUCCCUCCCUCUUCCACGCAGACCAACAGCAGUAAGAGCGCCACAGAAGCCGCGGGCCGUCAGCCUCCUCAUGGGAUAUGUACAAUUCAAUGCAACUUUCACGCUCGACGCAUCGCUGAUUGACCAGUCUCAAUUUGAGGAAGUCAAAAGUAAAGGCUUUCUAGGUGGGCAGGCGGGUGGUGGCGUGGUCGGAGUCAAAAGGCCCCGGCCCAACAGUGGCUUUCUGGGGAGUUUCAACCUGAGCAACAUUGGCGGAUCCUUCAACAGCUUGAUUGGUGGUGACGAUAUGAGCAGCGUGAAAGAAAUGAACGCUGUCACCACAUCGCGGGCAAUCCCCUUACUGUCCAGUCCGCAGUCACUACUAUUUGUUGACAUGCAUCUGGAACCUGGCGAGGAACAAAGCUAUUCCUACGUCUAUCCAUUACCCGCUGGGUUGCCAUCAAGCCACCGAGGAAAGGCCAUAAAGAUUUCAUACAACCUGACUGUCGGUGUACAAGGUCUGCCAGGUGGUCGAGACGUACACGCGGUACGACAGGUCAAUGUCCCAGUCCGUGUUUUCUCGGGAGUCAACUACGAUGGAGACAUUUUCGGCCAUGACCUAAUGCAGCCUCAUGUCAUUCUCCGAGAUUUGGCUCGCACUAAACCAAUAUUCUUGCCAGAGACCAACGAAGUACCGGAGACUCCUAUCGCACGAUCCGACAAGAAGUUGAGUGGCGAGUUCCUGCAGUUUGUCGACAAGCUAUUGGACCGUGAUAGAAGGAGACAGUCGAGUAGUGGCACCAUGGUGGAAUCGUUCCUCAACAAACAAGAUACGCAAGGCCAUCGAGCAUUGGAAGCCAUCGACCGUGCAAUACUUUACAGCAAUCAGACCGUAGACAGCGAGUCGAGUCCAAACCGCUUUGAAAUUACCAGGAAUGGUCUACGGGUCGCCGUUAUCGUCAUUGACAGACCUUUGCACAGGUUGGGCGAGACCAUCACCGCCGUCAUCGAUUUCUCAGAAGCACAAGUCCCUUGCGCCUCCCUUCGAUCUACCCUGGAAACUUCGGAAAAGGUCAGUCCCUCGCUUGCAGUCAGGUCAACAGCCACUGUCAAUCGAGUGACCAGACGAGUCUAUGCCGCACACUCGGAGACCAUUCUCUUCGCCAAACGAGCCACAUUCGCACCGAGUAUCCCUGCAACCGCAACACCAACGUUCGUGACCAGUGGCAUCAAUCUAGACUGGAGUCUUCGAUUUGAGUUCGGGACCAUCAAGCCCAUGGAGAACGAAGAAGGCGAAAGUAAGCCUGUCACGGAUCUGCUUGAGGAGGUGACCAAGGACGAACGUGGGGCGAUCAAUGUCGCGGUGGAGAACUUGGAGUGUGAGACGUUUGAGGCGGUCAUUCCCAUAACCGUGUAUGGUGAUCUUGUCCCAGACGGGGGAACAGGCGAGGACGUCGUGGGGAUUCCUAUAUGA